AUGAUUGAAGUAAGAGGACAUACUUCACUACAAAAAUAAAUCAAUUUAGCAACAGUAAAAAAUUGUUGAUAUUCAUAAGAAAUUUGUUGCUAACUCGCGUUAGCAACAAAUUGGAAACAAAAAAUAGUUGUUGCUAAAAGGCUUGUUUCCAUAUGAUUUUAGCUACAAAAUCUGAAACAUUUUCGUUGCUACAUAGCAUCUAUUGAAAUAUUGUUGCCAUGUUAGUUUCUAUAUUUGGCGAAUUUGUUGCCAACUCUAGUAACGAGUUAAAAAAUGAUUGUUGCGACUUAUCGCAACAAAUUAUUAAUAUUUUGUUGCUAGACAUUAGUAACAAAUUAUUGAUAUUGGUUGCUAAAAAAAAAACAACAAAUUUUUGAUUGUUAUAGAGUUACACUUUGACUAAUGCACUCUUCAUACAACGUGGGUUAACCUUAUAUUUUUUCUUAAUUGUUUGAUAAUUUGAUAAAUACAUUUAAGCAAAUCAAUAAAGAGAAGGAGAGUCAGUCCACUUACAAUUCUGAAUGAUAUUUACAUACUGAUACUAAUAGAAAUUGAUAAUAGUGUAUGAAUUUUUUUGAUAUAUAAAGCGGUAGUUUGGCUAAUCUUUCUUCUAUGUGGGACACAUUUUUAGGAAAAACUGAUGUUAUUUCAGCAACAAAUAAUAAAAUAUAUUGUUUCCAAUGAUAACAAAUCGAAUAUCUAUUUCCAUAUUUGUUUCUAAAUAGCAACAUAAUGAAAAUAUGAUGUCAUCUAUCAACAAAUCAUAACAUUAAUUGUUUCUAAUGUGAUCAACGAAUGAAAUAUUGGUUUUGGUAAUUUGUUGCUAAACGGCAACAAAUUGGAAAUAUGAUGCCAUCUAGUAACAGUUAGUAAAAUUAAUUGUUCCUAAUGUCAACAGAGCCACAAUUGGUUGUCGUAAUUUGUUGUUAAAUGACAACAAAUCGCAAAUAUGAUGCCAUCUAACAACAAAUAGUAAAAUUAAUUGUUUCUAAUGACAACAAACCAAAUAUUUGUUGUCGUAGUUUGUUGUUAUAUGACAACAAAUUGAAAAUACGAUGCUAUCUAGCAACAAAUAUUAAAACAACUAGUUUCCAAUAGCAACAAAUCAAAAAUAUGUUGUUAUUUGUUGAAAAAUUAGAGUAAAAAACAUCACUUUUAUAAUAGGUAACAAAAAAAUAAUAUAUGUUGCUAUCUAUCAACAAUUCAAAUUUUUGUUGCCAUAAUUUGUUUCUAUAAUGCUCUAAUUUUUGUAGUGCUUGAAGCUUAAAACUUUGCUUUGGUCAGUUCUAUGGUAACUAAGAGUAAGGCUUAAAAUCAAUCUCAUUAUUUUCCUUUGCGCUUGGUUUCGCUAUAAUCUAACAACACACACAAACCUUAGAUUUUUUUCCACAGGAAAGUGCUGGACAGAACUAAGCUUUAAACAUGCAGAGAAGUCAGAAUCCUAAAAUUUCCAAUCUUCAACCCAAGACAAACAGUAAGCAAGCUCAUGGGCCACAUUAUUCCCUUACCUUCUUACAAAAACAAAAGAAUUAGACUGAAUCUUACAUACCAUAGCAUAGAUAUCAUUUAUCAGCAAGAAUCAGUUGCAAAGAGCUUACACGUUUAUCCCUAGAGAAAUACUAUUAACGACCACUUGACAGUCACUAUUGAUGGUUAUGGAACGAAGCCCUGCAUCUAGAGCAAAACUCAUCCCCCUCCAGAUAGUCUCAUUGCCCGUGUCUGCCACCUCCCAGAAGCCACCCACCUGAACCAAAGCACAAAAGCAGCACAAGUCAUCUUCCCUCCAAGCCACAAUAUUGAAACCAGUGCCCACAUCUCCCAGCAGCCCCGUAUCAUCAUUGAGCUAUAUAAAACCAGCUUGCUCGAGCAGACCCCUGUAACUCACCCAACAGCUUCCCGAUAUAUGAGAUGGACUCCAAAGCCUCUUCAUUCUAUGUCUCAGAAAGCCAGGCAUUUUUGAUCCCCCAAAUGACCUAACACUAGUCCAAAAAUUCAGCGACAGCACCUUCAUAAGUAUUCACCGAGCAUCUGACAGCCCACUCCAUAGAAUUAGGGCCAGUAAACUCCGCAACUCUUGGUAGAUUACUCAACUCCCACACGUCGAGCAAAAUGACACUCUUUAAUACUCCCUCCGUUUCCUAAAGAUCUUCCCACUUACUGUUCCUACAGAUACCAAGGAAAAUCAAGUUGUGUGGGCAUGGUGUGAGUAAAGUAGGAGAGAGAAAGGGGUUAAGGUAAAUAAACAAAUAAAAAGGGGUUAAAGUAGGAGAGAGAAAGGGAGUAAAAUUGUAUUAAUAAUGUAAUGGUGGACCAUAUGAUAGUGACAUGAGAGGGUAAAUAGGGAAAUUUGUUUUGCCAAAUAAGGAAUAAAGCAAAAGAGGGAAGAUCUUUUGGAAACACCCUUAAACGGAAAGAAGGAAGAUCUUUAGGAAACAGAGGGAGUAGCAUAGUACAUAUUCCUCUACAUAACCAUUGAGCUAAAUAAAACCAGCAGGUGAGGCGUUACCAACUGUGCGGACAAUACUUGAUCGAGCAGACCCCUGCAACUCAUCCAGCGGCUUCCCGAUAUAUGAGAUGGACUCCAAAGCCUCUUCAUUCUCUGACAUUUUUGAUCCCCCAAAUGACCUAACACUAGUCCAAAAAUGCAGCUACAACACCUUAAUAUGUAUUCACCGAGCAUCUGUCAGCCCACUCCAUAGAAUUAGGGCCAGUUGACCCUGCAACUCUUGCUAGAUUACUCAACUCCCACACGUCUCGAGCAAAAGGACACUCCUUAAUAGCAUACCACAUAUUCUCUACAUAACCAUUGAGCUAAAUAAAACCAGGUGAGGGGUUACCAACUGUGCCCCGGAAGUCAGGUCAUUUCCUCAAGCCAGGUGGAAGAAUAUCGUAAGUGACUGUUGAACACCGCAGUGGUUGCAGUGAUGAAUUGAUAAAUCCUGGGAAUUGGCAUCAUGAGGCCCACUAGUGGCUUGGGAUGGAUUCAGCACAGUCCCCCCCGAAGGCUGCCUACUUCUCUAGUUCACCACCGGUAUCCCAUGAGCCAUUUGAAAAUAUUGUAUGGAUUAUUAAAUGCGCAUUUUAACGUUUUCGAGAGAGAAAAGAAUUUGAUUUCUCGAUCCUAAAGAAAAGAAUUGGAUUUAUUGAUCCUGUUGCUACUGCUUUCCAAGAAGUGAGGGAGCCCUCGAAGGACAAUACUUGCUCGAGCAGACCCCUGCAACUCACCCAACAGCUUCCUGAUAUAUGAGAUGGACUCCAAAGCCUCUUUAUUCUCUGACACAGAAAGCCAGCCAUUUUUGAUCCCCCAAAUGACCUAACACUAGUCCAAAAAUUCAGCUACAGCACCUUCAUAUGCAUUCACCGAGCAUCUGUCAGCCCACUCCAUAGAAUUAGAGCCGGUAAACUCCACAACUCUUGCUAGAUUACUCAACUCCUUAAUAGCAUAGCACAUAUUCCUCUACAUAACCACAAAUAUCACUCUCCUUAUCAAUAGCCUUCAAUCUUCAUUCGGACAUGAAGGCAAGCUUGGUUAGGACUUGGGAGGGUAUUGAAACACGCAUGCCAAAAGAAAACCUCAGUGCGUAGAAGAACACCACGUGGAUAAUAUUUUUGUUCCACACAAUAUGAGCUCCAUUCGUACUGGCAGCAGCUUCAUUAGACUGGUUAGCAUAAAAAAUCAAAUCAUAUGCUGAUUUAUGGAAUACCCACCACUGCAUCACAUUGUUUAGCACCAAAAUUCAAAUAAUAUGAUGACUGUUAUAACGAAUGCAAUAAAAAAAGAAAUUAAAGAACAAUUGGCACAAGGAUUUAACGUGGUUCACUAACAAUGUGUUAGGUUGUUAGCUACGUCCACACAUCACGCAGAACUGAUCACAUAAGGGAUUUUACCCCGAGCCCUCGCCCGUUCAAUUUCCGCGCGGAAAUUAAAUUAGGUUUGUUAUUAGGUUUAGGAGAGAGAGUAGAUUACAGAAUAUGGAGGCAGAAGUUAAUUACAGGGUUUAUAUAUAGUACCCUAUUAAUUAAUCUAAACAGAUGGGUCUAAAUCUGAAACUAAAACAAACUCGAUAACUAAACAAUAAACCCUGAAAAGCUUUGGGGACAACGCCUCCACGCCCCUACCAAGGCGUUUCACCCCUGGACCCCGACUUGCUGACCAGUCAGCGAGACGCCGUGCUUGGUUAAUCUUAGCGGCUAGCGCCUGAUAAUUUAUUCAAGGCAUAGAACACUGACUUUAUAGAAUACUCAAGCCACUUUUUCAUGGUCCCACCAAUCCACAUCCACGAAAAGGCGAGGACUCACACACACAAACCUAAAUUUUGUAGAGAAAAUCGCACGUGUGUUAUAGACUAGUUCACAUAUCGAACAAUAAGCAGGAGAAUAACCAACAUAUAGUCUAGUGUUAUUCCUAGUGUUGGGUAUUAUAUGGUGUGCGAAUGGUAGUUCAUGAUGGGUGUAAGGAUAGCAUAAGCAGAGGCAGGCACCUCCAUCAUAAGGAUUAUAUACUCUUCUUUUAACCAAAUGCCUACACAAGGAGUUUAAAGCUUCAUAAGGAACUUGAAUUUCAGAUUUUAGUCUCAUCAUGUGGCUCCUCAUAUUCUCUACUUGUAGCAUAUCUACACCAUAUUUGCUCGUAAGGCAGAUAACUAAAUCAAGAGUGGCAUCAACAGCAUUAAGUUCACUGCUUGCCGUCUAGCUCAUAACUUCCUUGUCACCACCCUGGUGCAUUAAUUUGUUUACCAGACACCAUUUACUUUUCUGCGAUUCCACCUUUGCACCUCCAAUGGAGGACAACACAGACUUGAAGAUAUCAAGGGUUACUGGCUUUACAUCCUCUAACAUGCUUUCAAUGGUGUAUCCUUUUUGCAUGAUCGGUUUUGGUCACGGUCUUCAAGCACUAUUUGAAAAUCUUCUUGGCACUUUUUCGGGUGUUUAGAUAUUGAGCAACUUCACUUGUAACGUUAAGUUCAUCGCUGUGGCUUCUUCGUAGCACUGAUUGCAUGUCCUAUAGGCGUUCCUUUGAUUUACCAAUGCAUCCCUUGAUGUGCUCCAAUAUCGAGAAGCCUUAGGGAUCCAUCUAAGACAACCUUGACCCAUUUGGAGUAUAGAUUUUCGGAUAUGGCUUGUUGAUUAAGCGGAAGGUGAAGCAACUCAUCUACAGAGAAACACAAACUUCAAGGUUGGCAAGUUUUUGGGUCAGUGAUGAACAGGUAGAGGCAGGCAGGCAGCUUGAGAAGACUUCAAUCUGCAUAGUGUUGAUCAAACUUAUUGCCGGAUGAGUUAUUGAUGGGAAACUCAAUCAAUGGGUGAGUUGGAUGAAAGUUUGUGCAGAUUGAGGUCAUCUCAAGCUGCCUCUACUUCAUCAGUAACAAACAAACUUACAGACCUUAAAGAUUUAUACAAGUGCGUUGAGGAGUUUCUUCAACUUCCUCUUAAUCAGAAAAACGUAUCUCAAACUGAAUGCGUUGAGCAGGUGUUGGAUGGAUCUUUAAGACUUCUCAACAUUUGUAGCACAUCAAGGGAUGUUUUGGUACAAUUAAGGGAACGCCUCCAAGAUAUUCAAUCAGUGCUAAGAAGAAGGUGUAGCGGUGAACUUAACAUUACCAAUGAAGUCGCUGAAUACAUUAAAACACGAAAAACAUCCAAGAAGAUCAUCAAGAAGUGCUUGAAAGACAUCAAGGAAGUCGACAACACUAACGAGGCCAAUGUCCUUAAUGAAGUGCAAGCGAUGACAGUUGAAGUUUUCAAGUCAAUGCUAUCUUACAUUGGUGGAUCACAAAAAAGUAGUUGGUCUUUCUCAAAACUCAUCAGCCAUAAAUCUGAGAAGGAAACAACAGCAUCCAUCAGUGCAUUUGAAGCUGUUGAUGCUACGUUGGAGUUGAUCUGUCAUAAAAAGACAGCAAAUGUUGAUAUGUCACAAUUAGUCAAAUUGGAGUCAGAAAUUCAAGAAAUUGAUGAAGUCUUAGAAUGCUUAUUUAGGCAUUUGGUUAAGACUAGAUCAACUCUUCUUAAUGUCCUUAGUAACUAGAACGUACAAAAGUUAACUAUUGUACAAAAUUUUGAUCUGUAAAUGAAAGUCAAUAUACAAAUGGAUACACAAUUUUCUCUAAUUUGCGUUCUUCAAGUUUAUAUUUUAAUUGAUGCAUGAUUUACUA